CGGCAAUCACCAGCUAAGGCUAUAAUCGCUGCGGAAAACCACACCUGUUGUUGGAAAACUGUCUUAACAACAAGCUUAUUAACGGCUCGUUAAAUGCCUUCGUAAAGCUUUCGCCUGCUAGGAAAAGAAAGGUACCGGAAAAUUGCAUAGAAUUAUUGUUGUUGUUUUUUUUUGUUUUCAACUUAGAUAAACAGUUGUGGUAGCAAUGUGAAAAUAUGUUAAAUUUUCCACCGCGCGUUCGUGUGGGGUUGGGAAAGUGUAACUGCGAGAUGCCAAACUGACGUGCGCACUGUAUACAUAAAAGCGUACGGUGUGUACAAGGUCCCCCUGCACCAACGUCCCGAUCCCCACUGCCCUCCCCCGUAGGACUGCAUUGCUCACCGUGAGUCACGCGCGUGAGAAAAAUCGAAAGAAAAUGUCACGAACAGCCCACUGAAAACAAAACAAACACCCAUUCGAAAGCAGGUGGCACACUUUCUCCUGCUGCUCGCGCUGGGCGUUGAUUUCUGCUGUCGUUUGUGCCUGUUCGUGUGCCCGUGUGAUGGAGGAAUGCAGCCAGCCGGAUAUGCACAUCGUGAAAACGAUCGUGCAUGCGGGCACGAAAGUGGUUCCGUUUCGUGAUGGCACCAAGGUAAAGUUCCACUAUCAGACGAGAAAGUGCGACGCAGCACGAACGCUCAUAGACGACAGCCGAACGCAGCAGAAACCGAUGGAGCUAGUGUUGGGCAAAAAGUUUAAGCUCGAGGUGUGGGAAUCGAUCGUACAGCAGAUGGCGCUGCACGAGGUGGCCCGCUUCCGGUGCGACCGGUCGCUCGUCAUGCAGUACCCGUUCGUGUCGAAAACGAUACGCGACUCGCAGAAGCCACGCGAGGAACGGAAGCACUGCUGCGGCAUGACGGUACAGAACGAGGGCAUCGGGUACAAGGAUCUCGACGAGCUGUUUACCAACCCGCAGGAUCUGGAGUUUACCAUCGAGAUACUGUCGAUCGAGAGCCCGGAAGAGUACGAGAAAGAAUCGUGGCAGCUGAGCGAUACCGAGAAGCGGACGCUGGUCGAGAAGCUCCGGGUGCAGGGUAAUGCGGCGUACAAGGCAAACGAUGUGACUGCCGCACUGGCAUCGUACUCGUACGCCACCGGCAUCAUCGAGCAGCUGAUGCUCAAAGAAAAGCCAAACGAACCGGAAUGGGUUGAGCUGGCUCAGAUGAAGGUUCCACUGCUGCUGAACUACUCCCAGUGCAAGCUGGCGGAGAAAGAUUACUACGCCGUCAUCGAGCACUGCACGGAGGUGCUCAAGUACGACCAGUGCUGCGUGAAGGCCUGGUUCCGGCGCGGCCGGGCCCACGCCGGCGCCUGGAACUUUGACCGGGCGAAGGCCGACUUUGAGCGGGCUGCCGAGCUGGACUCGAAUCUGCAGCCCGCGGUACGCAAGGAGCUGGCCAAGUUGCAGGAACAACAGCGCCUGCGGGAUCUAGAGGAUAAGUUAAAGUAUCAGAAGCUGUUCUAGAGCUUUCGGGCGGGGUUUGGUCGUAGGUUUUAUGGGGACGGGGGAAAAGUGUGCUCUAUUUUUUUUUAAAUGGUUUUUAGCCCGAUAGUUCUGCUAUCGAUAGUCCAUUUUUGCCGUGUGAGUGGGUAGGGAAAAGUAUUGCGAUCCCGUUUCCUACCUACCCUUUUUUUUAUUUCUCGCCGGCGAGUAUGUUUUUUUUUUAGAAGAGCUUUUGUUUUUUGUUGUUCAACGGUUAAUGUGUUGCUUGUGUACAGUGCUUACUAUUUAUUUCUACUGUUUAUGUGAAUGGUCAUUUACCAUAUUUUUUAAACUGUUUCAAAAAGUAGAACAGUUGCUCAAGCCUUGAGUGCUUUUUUUUCUCAAGGUAUAGCUUGCUAUUCUUCCCUUGGCACUACAAUCUCGAAAGGUGUAGAGGCCUGCCAUAUUUCUGGCUUUCUGUGACUCGAUUUUACCCCUAGCAAAGUAGUCUGGAUGGGAUUUGAACCCCGGUCCGGCCGCCAUGUGAGGGGAGGGCCAGUUCUGGCUUCCUGUUUACGAAAGGCUUGUUAAGCUUCCGUUGCCUUGCGCCAUCCAACUGGCCGGCUAUUCUGUGAUCCGAACGGCCUACCCAGGAUAAUCAAUCCGAAUCCGAGUGGAAGGAACCUUCCCCCAAAAACCUCCCCACUAAUGUACCUAAGAAAUUGUAACUUUUUUAUAUAUGUUUUAUACACGCAUUUUUGUUUAUACUCACACGUUUGUUUUCCAGCAUAUAUUGCCCACCCCGAAAAAAAAGAAGAGGCGAGAGCUAUAGAUUAUCUCUGUGUUAUAUGUAUUGGUGGUAGAUAGUAGAAAACAAAAUGUCUCCCGCAAGCGUCACACAAAUUGAUGGCCGCAUUUUAUCUAUCUCUGUAUGUUGUGCUAUGUUUCUCCGGGGGGAGGGGAGUUUCCCCCCCCCCCCCUCUAAUACACAAUAUUUCGAAAUCUAUAUUGCACACACCCACACAAGUGCACAGCAAAAUAGAAACACGAUAGCUCUUAUUGUGCCAUUAGUGGAUCGGUUGGGCCCAGAAGAGAAAAAAAAAAUGGCGGCACCUCAUUCUGUGGAGAGAAAGCGUGAAAGGGUACUCCGGUCACAGGACACAGGUCUCUAGAGUCUGGAAAUAUAGAAUGCAGAUAUGGACAUCUCACAGAUUGAAACAA